AUGGCAGAGACUGUGGUCGUUUGCACAUACUGUGUCUCCCCAGUUCCUGCUGCUAAAACAUGUCUGUUAUGUGAAGUUUCACUGUGUGAUGAUCAUCUUCGAGCACACAGCAAGUCAGUGGAACAUAUCUUACAUGAACCCGCAAGUACCCUGGCAAACAGACGAUGCCCCAUCCACAAUAAGAACUUGAAGUACUGCUGUUCAGACGAUGCUGCUUACAUAUGUGUGACCUGUUGCUUGGAUGGAGACCACAGAGAACACCAUGUUGAGCCUCUCUUUGAAGCAGCUAAGAAGUUGAAGGAAAAUUUGACAAAUAUUUUGGGGAAACUGAUCAAAAAGAAAGAGGAGGCUGAAAAUGAAAUUCGGAGUCUACACCUACAAAAAACAAGAAUACAAGACAAUCAUGUUUGUGUAACAGAGCAAGUGACUGUUCUAUUUCAGGAUCUAAGGAAACAGCUAACCUUCCUAGAGAAUCAAGUCCUGAAUGACAUCUCCAAGCAGGUACAGCAGAUUUCUGAUGUAGUCUCUGAACAUAUACAGCAGCUGGAAAAAAUGAAGGACGAGCUGUACAGCAAGACAUGUCACAUUGAGGAGUUGUGUAACAUGACUGAUCCACUAACUGUCUUACAAGGUGGUAAAACGUACAGCGCUGACCUUUGUGACACUAAUGUAGAAAGUAAUGAUACUGAGCAGAGACAUGGAGAAAUGUUCCAAUGUGUUGGCGAUCUGGAUAAGGGUCUGAUCUCUGUGACUCUACAUAAAGGUUUAUCUGAUAUUCUGAUUGGCGCAAAGGAGAAGCUUAAUGUACAAAAGCCUUCCGAUAUUUUAUUUGAUGUAAAAACAGCUGGUAAAUUUUUAGAUGUAUUGGGUGACUUGAAAAUCGCUAAAUCCUCAGAAAAAAAAGUAAAUCGUCCCAAAAUAUCUGAAAGAUUUCAGUAUAGUCAAGUUUUAAGCACCAGUAGUUUUUCCUUAGGGCAACAUUACUGGGAAGUAGAGACCUGUGAAUCAGGGAACUGGAGGGUAGGGAUAUGUUAUCCCAGUAUGGACAGGAAAGGAGAAAAGUCAUACAUAGGAGAUAAUAACAAAUCUUGGUGUCUGGGCUGGUGUGAUGGAGUGUGUAGUGUGAUGCAUAAUAAAAAAGUGACCGAUUUAUUUCGGAAGUCUGCUUCCUGUAAAACAGUAGGAAUAUAUCUGGAUUAUGAGGCCGGGCAGCUGUCCUUUUAUGCUUUGUGUAAUCCCAUCAGACACUUACACACCUUCACUGCCACAUUCACAGAACCCGUCCAUGCUGCAUUUGGUGUAUGGAAUAGCUACUUGAGAAUAAAUAACUAG